AUGGAACAAUCGGCUACCGGGAUUACAUCAAAGCCGUUGCGAAGGAGAUGGCUUCGUAUCUUUUCAAGGCCAGAAGCGACGAUCCUCAAGGCAAACAACAAGGGGGCAAUUCAACGCAACAGAGAGUUUGCGGUGUUUAUGGACGCUACCGUGGAUGAAAUUGCGUUUGGCCAGUCAACCACUUUGCUCCUGCGAACCCUGGGCCACGCGCUCUGGCCCAAAAUGAACGGAGACAGCGAAAUGAUCGGUUCACUUUUGGACCACGAAACAAAUGUGACUUCAUGGCUUGCUUUCGCGAGCAGUCUCGGCAUUGCCACCGGGAGACGAUCCUUGCCUCUCACCAGAUACCGGUACCCUACGCCCCUUGCUCACAUACAAGACCCGCAUUGCCGCAGAGCAAUCACGUUUCCAACGUCGUGA